AUGCAGCUUUUCUUCAUUGUUCUCGUACUUACAUUCUUUGCCUGCAAUGAGGCACAUACGUUUGAUUAUGUUAGAAAGUACUUAGCUGAUCAUCAGGAAAGCUAUGAACCGACAUUAGGACGUAAUGAUCCUUUCUGGCUCAAAAAUAGUAACACUAUCGGUCUCGGUUAUAAUCCCGUGUACGGAAGUCCCGCUUGCUAUACCGGUCAAUGCCAAGGUGAUGGAUUUCGACGUUCAGUCUUCAAACUGAAUUACACCCAGCCGGCAAGCGGAUCAUGUUCUUCUAGACUGAUUCCAAAUUUUGUAGAAUUACACUGUAUACCUAGCGCUGACUUACAGUCCUCAACUGAAAUUAUUUCAACUAUGAAUCAACUAUCUGAGUCGACUUCGAAAGGCAUCUCAUUUGGCGCUGACGUCAAAUAUAAAAUGUUUUCUGCCGGCUACAGUCAGUCGAGAGAAACUCGUUUUAUGACUGAUCAAAUGACAAAACAGGAUACAACAGCAACGUUCACUCGUGGUCAAGUCACUUGGGGCAAGUUGAGUAUGUUCGAACCUAUGAUGGAACUCAGUGAUACCUUUCGAUAUGUUAUUGAAGAAAUGCCAUGCUGUGAUAAUUCAAAUGUGGAGACUGAUGAGUAUAUUGAGGAAUUCUUGAUUGAUUAUUUUGGAUUAACGUUUGUCACAGAAUUAAUACUAGGAGGGAUAGCUCAAGAAACAUUGUUCGUUGAGAACCAGAAAAUACGAGAAAUGCAAUCGAAAGGCGAAGCUGUUUCACAUUCAGCAAGUGUCGGCUUCAUCUUAUCAUUCAACGUAAAGACUACAUCAGCGCAAGAGAAGGCUCAACAUAAUGAGCUCAUGAAAUCAGUGAAAAAUACACGUUCGACGAAAUUAGGUGGUGAUCCUUCAGCACAGACAAUGAAUGCUUGGAUUAAAUCAGUUCCUGACAAUCCAGUAAUUAUGAGCCACACAGUAAAAGGCUCAAGUGAUAUUAUUUUCGGUGCAACCUACCAACUGCUUAAUGUUAUCAGCAACAAGGCUCUAGAUAUCGAAGGGGCUAAGACACAAGAUGCAACCAAUGUUCAAAUUUACUCCGACCAUGGGGGCAUCGGUCAACGCUGGAUUAUCCGUAAGAACAGAGAUGGUACUGUGACGCUGGUAAAUCCAAAUAGUGGUAAAGCACUGGACGUAUCUAGAUGUGGUACAUCGACUGGCGGCAUUGUUCAAAUCUACUCAGACGAUGGAAUAAACGAGCAAAAGUGGCGUGUUAAGUCUGUUGGGGAUGAAGUAUAUACGUUUAUUAAUGUGUGCCAUGGCCUGGCACUAGAUGUCACAAAUUCUGGAACCAAAGACGAAACAAACGUCCAAGCUGCUCAAGAAAAUGGUACGGCAGCUCAAAAAUGGCGAUUAGUACGCUUGUCUUAA